CUCUAUAGCCCUGACUGUCCUGGAACUCACUCAAUAUAUCAGGCUGUUCUUAAACUCACAGAGAUCUGCCUGCCUCUGCUUCAUGAAUGCUGGGAGUAAAGGUGUGUAUCACUCUGGUCCAUAUCUCAGGUUGGUUCUGAACUUUCUAUCCUAAGCUUUCGGAGCCACUGCGAUCACACACAGGCUGGAGUCACUAGGCCUGGUCAGGUGCCUUACUUUUCUUGGUCAUUUUAGGCAUUUGGAAUAUUGUUUGCGUCAAAUGCAUUAUAAAUAAAUAAACAAAUAUUUGUUAAGGAGAGCAAUGUGUCUGAAUGAGGCCAGUAAAUCAGAGAUGGUCCCUGCCCCCUGACAAAUCUAGCAUGUUUUGUUUUCUUGUUUUAUGAAUUAGGGGUCCAUCUACUGGUCAUAGGUGGGAAAGCAUUCCAGGAAAGGAGUGAAAAAAAUAUAAGUAAACCAGGGCAAAGUGGGUGUAAUCCCAGAACUCAGGAGCCUGAGGCAGAAGGAUCAAGAGUUCCAGGCCAGCCUGGGGUAUAUAGUGAGCUCCAGGCUAGUAUUGGCUCCACAGUAACCCCUAUCUUAAAGAAUAUCAGAAGCAGAGGAAGAGCAGCCCCAUUUGUUCAGUUACCUCAGUCCCUGUUCUGAAAGUCUUAGAAUUAUUCCCAGCUCACUGGAUAUGGUGCCCCCUGCUGCUAAUCCGAGCACUUGGGAGGUCUAGACAGAAAAAUUGUGGAGAAGGUCGGCUUAAGGCAACCUUGCUCGGGCAACCUUCAUCGGUGUUUUAUGUUAACAAACUAAAGAGGAGGGAAUCUCAACUUUUAAAAGUCUCAGCUGGGUAGUGGUGGCACAGGCCUUUAAUCCCAGCACUCAGCAAGCAGAGGAUGGCGGAUAUCUGUGAGUUGAGGUCAGCCUGAUCUACAGAGGAAGAAGAAGUUCAAAGACAGGCUCCAAAGCUUCACAGAGAAACCCUGACUUGGAAAGCGAAGCGAACGGCUGGAGAGAUGGCUCAGAGGUUAAGAGCAUUGCCUGCUCUUCCUAAAGGUCCUGAGUUCAAUUCCCAGCACCCCACAUGUUGGCUCACAACCAUCUGUAAUGGGGUCUGGUGCCCUCUUCUGGAAGAAUAGGAAGUAAAGAGGAGGUAGAAGAGGAAGUAGAAGUAGAGGAAGUAGAAGAGGAAGUAAGAAAAAGGAGGAGGAAGAAGAGGAAGUAAAGAGGAAGUAAGAAAAAGGAGGAGGAAGAAAGUAGAAGAGGAAGUAAAGAGGAAGAAUGUAGAAGAGGAAGUAGAAGAGGAAGUAAGAAAGAGGAUGAGGAAGGAAGUAAAUAAAGAGGAAAAAGAGGAAGUAAGAAGGAAGUAAGAAAGAGAAGGAAGAAGAGGAAGUAAGAGAGAGGAGGAGGAAGUAAGAAAGAAGAAGAGAAGGAGGAAGAAAGUAGAAUAAGAAGAGGAAGUAAGAAAGAGGAAGAGAAAGAGGAAGUAAAUGAGGAAGAAGAGGUAGAGGAAGUAGAAAGGAAGAAGAGGAAGUAAGAAAGAGGAGGAGGAAGAAAGUAGAAGAGGAAGUAAAGAGGAAGAGGGGGAAGUAAGGAAAGAGAGGGAGGAAGAAGAAAUAAAGGAGGAGAAGGAAUUAGAAGAGAGAGGUAGAAGGAAAUAAAGGAGGAAAUAGAAAAGGAGAAAGGGGAAAUAGAGAAGGAAGUAAAGGAGGAAGAAAGUGGAGUAAGAGGAAUAGGAAAUAGAGGAAGUAGAGAAGAAGAAUAGAGGAAUAGAGGAAGAAGAAGACAAUGUCUCCAUAAGAUUAUACUGAAAGCAAGGCUGUAGGACAUUUUCUUAAUUAGUGAUUGUUGCAGGAGGGCCAUGUGUGCCUGGACUGGUGGUUCUGGGUUCUAUAAGAAAGCAGGCUGAGGAAGUCAUGGAGAACAAGCCAGUAAGCAGCACCCUCCAUGCCUCUCACCAGCUCCUGCCUCCAGGUUCCUGCCACGCCUGACUUUCUGUCCUGAAUUCCUUCCGUGGAAGUAUAAGCCAACUAAAUAAAUCCAUCCUCUCAAAUUUGUUUUUUGGCCGUGGCGUUUCAUUGCAGCAAUAGAAACCCUAAGACAGCUACCCAUUGUAUUUCAGAACAACCUGGAUUGCUGAGUGGGAUCCUGUCUCCCUGGGUAGGUCUGGUGAACAAGACUCAAAGGAUCAGGACCACAGGCUUGAAAAGAGCUUUUCCAGCCCCCUACGUGUCAACAGACUUUUGAUCUAUGUUAACCUGAUGCUUUUUUACAUCCUGUAAAGUUGCCUCUCAUCCUUGAACUGUCUCUGCCUAACCCUGUUCCCGGCAGAUUUCCACAGGACCACUACAGUCUCCAGCCCUGGCUUCCAUUUCCAGUGCUGGGAUUUCCCUCUGCUUACUGGGGACAAGUCACUUGUUAUUUCUGAGACUCAGCUCUCUCCUCUACAAACUAGGAGAUAUUAUUUCUAUCUUCUACACGCAUUGUAAGGAUUACAGGAACUAGCCACAGCUAGCGGUCCAUAAUAAGUAGUUGGCAGGUGCUAAUUUCCACUCAAUGGCUUUCACUGCAGUUUCUUCCCUAGCUCUUGGGGGCCUCUGCUGGAAAUCAGAUCUUCAGGGUUCCCGGAGCCGAUUAGUUUUGAGUGCCACUUAAUCCUGGUCAUUCUUCCGCAAUCUGAGCCGUGAAAGGAUAGGGUUGGUAUAGUUCUACAACCUAAAUCCUGAUAGGAACAGGCUUGAUAUAAAUCCAUGGAAGCAGCCAGGUUCACAGGUAAAUGCAGGAUGGAGUUCCAGGCUGAAGCCAAGCUGCUGCUGCUGCUGCAGCUGCUGUGGGUGACAUGCUGUGGACACGCACAUAUAAGAGUGGAACGAUAUGCAUCCAUCAUUGAUGUGACCAACGGCGGGACCUGGGGUGACUGGACCUGGCCUGAGAUGUGUCCUGAUGGAUACUUUGCCAGUGGGUUCUCCAUCAAGGUGGAGCCCCCUCAAGGCAUUCCUGGAGAUGACACAGCUCUGAACGGGAUCCGACUGCACUGUACUAGAGGGAAUGCAGAGCAAAACACGCAUGUUGUGGAGUCCCAAUCUGGAAGUUGGGGCUCAUGGAGCGAGCCUCUGUGGUGUCCCGGCAGGCACUUCCUAGUGGCAUUCUCUCUUCGGGUGGAGCCGUUUUCAUUUCCUGGGGACAACACUGCGGUGAACAACGUACGCUUCCGUUGCUCAGAUGGUGUGGAGCUGGAGGGGCCUGGGCUGAGCUGGGGAGAUUAUGGAGAUUGGAGCGACUCCUGUGUCAAAGGUGUCUGUGGCUUGCAGACCAAAAUCCAGAAGCCUCGAGGGCCGCGUGAUGACACUGCACUUAAUGACGUCAGGAUAUUCUGCUGUAACAGCUGACGCUGUUGCCGCCGGCCACUCUCCCACUGGACCCUGCCAGUACUGUGCCUCUUACUAUUAAAGCUUCUUGGUCUUGGU